CAAGGAGAGCUGCGGCACAGCGCGGAGCGGCGGGCCCUGGUGAGCGCGGUCCGCGACGCGCGGGGGAGGACCGACCAACGCGAGCAGCCUGGCCACCUGGGCGUUUGGGCAGAGGGGCGCAGGGGCCUUGCCUCGGGGACUUUCCAGCAGCUCCAUGGCCUCUCCAAAGAAGAAACUUCAGGGUCUUGUUGCUGCUACCAUCACGCCAAUGACUGAGAAUGGAGAAAUCAACUUUUCAGUAAUUGGUCAGUAUGUGGAUUACCUUGUGAAAGAACAGGGAGUGAAGAACAUUUUUGUGAAUGGCACAACUGGAGAAGGCCUAUCCCUGAGCAUCUCAGAGCGUCGCCGGGUUGCCGAGGAAUGGGUGACAAAAGGGAGGAACAAGCUGGAUCAGGUGGUGAUUCACGUAGGGGCCCUGAGCUUGAAGGAGUCACAAGAACUGGCCCAACAUGCAGCAGAAAUAGGAGCUGAUGGCAUUGCAGUCAUUGCACCUUUCUUUCUCAAGCCAUGGAACAAAGACGUCCUGGUCAAUUUCCUAAAGGAGGUGGCUGCUGCUGCCCCUGCAUUGCCAUUUUAUUACUAUCACAUUCCUGCUUUGACAGGGAUAAAGAUUCGUGCUGAGGAGUUGUUGGAUGGCAUUCAGGAAAAGAUCCCCUCCUUCCAAGGGCUGAAAUUCAGUGACACAGAUCUCUUAGACUUCGGGCAAUGUGUUGAUCAGAAUCGCCAGCAGCAGUUUGCUUUCCUUUUUGGUGUGGAUGAGCAACUGUUGAGUGCCCUGGUGAUGGGAGCAACUGGAGCAGUGGGCAGUACCUAUAACUACCUGGGAAAGAAGACAAAACAGAUGUUGGAAGCUUUUGAACAAAAGGACUUCUCCUUAGCCCUGAACUAUCAGUUUUGUAUCCAGAGAUUUAUCAACUUUGUGGUCAAACUAGGUUUUGGAGUAUCACAGACGAAAGCCAUUAUGACUCUGGUCUCUGGGAUUCCAAUGGGCCCACCCCGGCUUCCACUGCAGAAGGCCUCCAGGGAGUUUACUGAUCAUGCUGAAGCUAAACUGAAGAGCCUGGAUUUCCUUUCUUUCACUGGCUUAAAGGAUAGAAACUUGGAAACCUGUAGCUAGUGCACUACUAUCAUAUCAGGGUGUGUACAUGGAGACAUAAUUCACAUCAAAUAGGCAUUUUUUUCUCAGGGACAUUUUAGAUGAACUUAAACUCUUAGAAAAUAAAAUCUCACAUCAAUCAACAAGUACUUAAGUACUUACUCUGAGCCUUAAAAAAAGUUUAAUUUUAUGAAGGGGCAAAGGCUAUAGAUGAGAAGGAGUCAUUCAUUUCCCUAAAUUUCUGUAGAGAAAUUUUUUUUGUAGAGAAAUUUUUGUUUACAUGAAUGAAAUGGAAUCGACAGGAAAAUUGUAAUUGAUUGAUUCUAUCUGCCUUUGGGAGUUCUCAUUAUCUUAAUUUCUUGUUCUUAGUCCUAUUUUCAAGUUUUCUAAUUUUAAAUCACUAUACUGUACUUUCAUUUUAAUAAAUAUUCAUUUGGAAUCUA